AUGACGACUAGUGACAGGAAAAGCCCCGUCCCUGAGGACACGUUUAUCAACCACCACUCUAAGCACAACGGCAACGACAGCCCUAAAGACAACCAAGAGCAGAACAGAAGCUCGUCCUCUAGCGAUAACACUACGAAUCCUGGAGUUGCGACCCCAGUAGCACCAAUUAUCAGUGAAGAGAUUCAGGUGUUCCUCGAUGAUGGCGGGGAAGAGAAGACCACAAGUCCCAGUGCGUAUGCAGCUGCGGUCAAACCUGAUGAAAGUCCAGAGCAAGGCGAUCACGACUUGAUAACAAAGGAUAUGCAUCAAUUUCUCGAUGACCGAGACAUGUGGAAUGGUGAUAUGGAGCAUGUCGGCACGAAGAAACUCGAUGAAAUGUUGCGCGGGCCUUGGAGGGACCACAUCAACGCCAAAGGAGACUCUGAUAUGACAGCCCUACAUAUUGUUGCCCGAAAUGGACUUACGGAAGCAGCUCGAGUGCUCAUCAGCGCCGGCGCAGAGCAAGAGGUCCGAGACGAAUCGGGUCACACUCCCCUCCACACAGCAUGCUUGAGAAAUCAGCCCGGCGUUGUCAAAGCUUUACUCGAGAAUGGAGUCUCAAUUAAGAUCUUAACCGAGGCAGAGAACUCGACUCUUUCGCUCGCAGUUUUGAGCGGCGCGGAGGAUAUCGUGGAGCUUCUCUUGGAAAACGACAGAUCGAUACUCCAGUUCUCCGAGGAACACUCGCAUCUGAAUCCACUUCAUCUCGCAGCUUACCACCGCAACCCUGAGAUUGCAGAAAUCCUGCUAGCCAAUGGCGCUAAACUCAAUAUUGUUGACGAGUUUGAGAACACUCCUUUGAUGGUAGCAACGGAUAGGAAGGUGGAGUCCAUCAUGCGAAUGCUGCUUUGCCCACGAACAGAAGAUGAAGAUUUGCAGCUUGAUGUUUCCGACCAAUACGGAUUGACGCCACUCAUGCUUGCUGCUAGUUUGGGAUAUGAGGUAGGAGUUCGAGUCUUGUUGGACUCCGGUGCUGACUUGGGAGCAAUAUGCAUAAAGAGCUGGGACUCCCAUGAAAGCAAUAUGCGCACUGCCUUGGAUUAUGCCAUCUUACACCUCCAGGACAACAUCGUGGAGCUAAUUCUAGCCGAAGAAUAUCGAUUCAGAGUCUCAAGAAAGGCCGCAUUCGCAGCGCUGAAAUUAAUAAUUGAAUGGGGCACCCGGCAUAUGGUGAAAUCAAUCAUUCACUAUUACGCCUCUGAAGGCAUGAACGCAACCUCGGUGUCUAAGGCGGAAAUUGCCCGCUUUGAUCCAAAAGGUCAGCUUUUCGAAGCUUUAAUGUGGACAGCUGGCAGAUCAGGCGUAUACGAUGUUGGCCGGAAACUCAUCAUGGAAAGACUAAAGCUUUUCCAUCACCCGGUCGGAAACUGGAACACAGCUCAGUGGACUACGCUCGAAUGGGCAGCUUAUGCUGGACUGCCCUCUGUCUUCUGGCUUGAAUGUGCAGCCUCACCGCGAGAGGAAUCAACGCACCGGGCACUGGAAACCUCGAAAUUUAUCAUCGACAAGAUACAGGCUCAGAUCGACCGAGAAGAAGAUAGAGACGCUUCAACAGACCACCCAGCUCACUGUCAGCAAGGUAUAAGAAAUACCUUCAAUGACAUCUUUCUUGACCCACCCAUCGGGCUGAUGUGUACAGACGAUCCUACUUUCACUCGUCCGACUCUCUGGCACAAACUCCCUCCGUAUGCGAAGGAGCUUGACGUUGCCAUCGUUCAGGUUUACAAGAAUGUGAACCAAUCUGGGAUAAUUCGGAGGUAUCGACCGUUGACAAAAGCCAUUUACAGCCAUGGUCCGCAACGUAUCAUGCUCGAGAUGAUACAAGAAGUAAAAGGGAUUCUCGGUGUGCACUCCUUUGGCAGGGAGACAGGACCAUUGUAUGAUGUUCCACGACCGAUCUACGUCGACAACGAGCCCAAGUUUACUUGGAUUCACUUACCAUCUACCAACGACCUGCUCCAACGAAUCAUGUAUGAUAUGGAAAGCGAUGCAAGUCAAUUCUAUCAGGUGAAGUCGUUUUUCAGAGACAGCUGGGUUGAAGUGCCGGACAAGAUAUCUGCCUCGCGUAUGAUGAGGCCUCGCUUUGUGGAAACAGUCCAAGAGAACGAAACACCUGCAUCGGCGGUUUAUAUGCCGUAUCUCUCCUACGCCACUCAAUGUCGCGAAGAAGAAGGAGAGGAACCUUUUAGUCCGACUCCGGAUGUCGAAGAUGAUCCAAAGAACGUUUUGCAGGCUCUGCGUGCGGAGAAAUACAAGUAUGAACAACUGCUGAGCACAUACAAACCAGGAGUUAUCCACGGCUCUUCCACCCUUGACGAAUGGUAUUACCAUUUUGCAUCUGAUCAGGAAGCUUCCAAAGACCGAAAGGCACGCAACGAAUCCCAGGUUGUCACUAAGGGCUUACCAGGCAAGAUUGAGGACAAAGACUUUUGGCCACUAAUCCGAGUUAACCAGCUAUGGAUUUGGACAAUCGCAGAUAAGUGGCUGAUUACAGCCUCUUCUCAUCCAAUUGAUGGGAAGAAAAAUGUGCUCUUGGAGGGCGUGGUUGACCAUCUUACAAAGCAAACGGAAUCCGGUGGUAGUCGCUCCCUGCCGGGAUCAACGGCUGAAAUGAGUCGGCUCAUCAUCGACUUCUGCAUAUCAUCCUAUGAGACUCUGCCAAAGGCCUCACGUAAGAGUUCAUCCACUACCCUUGGAGUCAAUGGUACCGCCGAGGAGCCUGCGCUUCAAUCCCCGACUUGGCAGUUCGCGCCUAACCCUCAGUCCUCUGUGGAGUACCCGCCAGAGCUCUUGUCCAUGCGUCAAAUGUUUUCGAACUCCAUCAACAAAAUCGGUAUCGACGAAGCAAAUCUGUUCGCAAAGUUUAGCUCAGAAGCCGGCGAAAUACUAGCCACAAUGAACGACGAAAAUGAAAUCAAAGAAUUUCAGGUUGCUCUCGGAAUAAAGAAACCUGGCGUGGAGAGCUGUCAGGCGGUCAUUGACGACAAAUCAACUCGAACAGAUACCGACAAUGAGCUGGAAAGAAAGAGGCAAGCACGCAUAAAGAACAAUUUAGUUGCCAUAAGAAAGGCAGAGGAUCUAUCCAGCCGUAUCAAAGACAUUCGGGACGAACUGAACAUACUCAAAGCGGUCGCACAAUACCAACGAGAUGUUCAGCGGGAGAUGCAAAAGCUUCCAGGCUCUCAAGAAGCUGGUCUUAGUGCCUCCCACGUUGUUAAUGACAUAAAGGAAAUGGACAAGGUGGCAGACCGAAUUCAGACUUCGCUCCCGCUCUCAUUUCUGACUUCCCUGUUCGCGAUCGAUGCGAACUCUUUCAUGGAGGCACCAGGCUGGAUUUUCGUCGUUAUUUUCUCCGUCUCGAUUGCCUUCUUCAUUCCCCUGGCAGGCUAUGCUAUCUACUCCGAUCAAGUUGUCCAACAUUUGUCCGCGGCUUUCCGGAAGGCUAUCGGAAAUACGAGUGAUAGUGAAAGUUCAAAGUCAGCUAUCCCAAAGCGGAGUCUUCCCAGUUCUGAACAAAUAUCAAGAUCGGGCCAUGAUGGUACGAUUCUUGAGCUUCAAUAUCCCCCGUUGCAACGAGAACCAAGCCUCAUACGGAACUUCAGAAGACAGGAGUCUGGAGAGAUUGGUAGUGACGGGAGUUCAUCUUGGGGGCUACGAGGAGAGGACUCGUGGCCUUCAAACCAGGAAAGACGCGAUCCUGACUUGUUGUCCCGGGGCUGGAAACGUAGCGAGGGCAAACACGUGGAAUCACGGGGUCUGUACACUGUGUAG